CCGCUCUACAAAACUUCCACCGCCAGCACUAAUUUGAAACCCUAUAAAUCUCCAUUCCCGCAAUCCUUCAUUCCCAUCCCAAAUUGCUUCUAAUUCCCUUCGAUCGAAGCAAUCUCCAGUUUCCAGCUCUGAUCAAUGGCGCGGACAAAGCAGACGGCGAGGAAAUCCACUGGAGGAAAGGCUCCGAGGAAGCAACUGGCGACAAAAGCCGCGAGGAAAUCCGCCCCCGCCACCGGCGGCGUGAAGAAGCCCCACCGCUUCCGCCCAGGGACGGUUGCGCUGAGGGAGAUCCGUAAGUACCAGAAGAGCACCGAGCUGCUGAUCCGGAAACUUCCAUUCCAGAGGCUCGUGAGAGAAAUCGCGCAGGAUUUCAAAACAGAUCUACGUUUCCAGAGCUCGGCGGUUUCCGCUCUGCAGGAGGCGGCGGAGGCGUAUCUGGUAGGUCUGUUCGAGGACACGAAUUUGUGCGCUAUUCAUGCUAAGAGAGUGACUAUUAUGCCGAAGGAUAUGCAACUGGCGAGAAGAAUUAGGGGUGAAAGGGCUUAGGUAUGGUCUAGGGUUCUGGAUUUGCUUCUCAUCCUUUUGUCUUUAAGCUUUUGUGGAUUUUCCAUGAAUCCCUAGCAUCGCUGUAGAAAUGUUUCCAUGCUUUUUUGGAUUUUACCUUAAUGGAAUAUCUGUCUUUGCAAAUU